CACCACCUGUUUUAGAGAGGCAGAUGAGGUCAGACAUAGGCAUCCAACGUAAGGGAUUACGCCUGAUACCGGUGCCCCCUCGGAAUUUUCACCAAUUCUAGCUAACCAACAAUUGGCUGGAGUACCCCAAUAAUGACACUUUCAUUUCAAGGAAAGGUUUGUGUUGUGAACCGCGCAACGGAAACCAUACGUAAGGUUUAGUUUCGGUUGACUAACUCACAACAGCGGAAACUCCACCGUUUAUGAGCUGAUUUGAAAAGGUGAUCGAAGGCGGAAAAGAAGUGAACGACACCGAAGCACAAUUGAGCGCAGAACGCGGAUGAAACCAUGGAUGUGGCCGUGGAGAAGAUCUUGUCAACGCAAAUAGAGGCCAGGAGAGGUAGAAAAUGGCUUUUGUCCAAGCACGCUGUUGCGAGGGCUGGUCAAAGAUUCGUUUCCUUUGCAGAGAUCCGAUCAGCUCUCGAAUGUGGCACCAAGAGUGCCGCAGACAAAGGAGCUUGGGAGUACAGGUUUGCUGGGGUUAUCGCGGUCGUCGACUCAACAGAAACGAUAGUUCUCACCGUAUACCCUGAACCUGGCUUUGGCAUUGAUCUCGAUAAGGUUCCGAUCAGCCGCGAGAUGCAGUUGCAACACGACAAAGACUGCUCACGAUUAGUGGGGGACAAGAAAAGCUGGACAAGCCAUACUGUGGCCGUAAUAGACCAGAGCGGAUCAAUGCGUGCACCAGACAUUGACAAAAACGUGACACGAUCCGAUUUGGUAUGGCUGACCUUGGCCGUUGAUGUUGUCUAUCAUGGCAUCAAGAGCGGUGAACGAAAGUCAACAGAUGUAAUGUCGGUUGUGUUCAUGAAGGAGGAUGCGACGAUCGUGGUAGAUCGUCAACCAAUCGAUUGGAUACUGUACAAUAAACUCAUUGACAUCAUGAACACAGAGAAGCCGUCUCAAGGCGGCAAUUACAUUCCCGCCUUGGAUGUUGCAGAAACACUUCUGAUGUCGAACAGGAGCCGAAGUUGCGCGCUCACGCUCCUCUUCUUGUCCGAUGGGAAGCCAAGCGACAAAGUGAAACGGGAUGAUAACAGGCACAUAACUGCUACGGGCUGGUUAGAGAGGAUGAAAGCGUUCACGUCGCCUCGAAUUGAAGGACUUGCAAGCGUAUUUGGCAAGAGGUUGAACAUGUGUUUCUGUGCUAUUGGACCACCGGACAACAGUGACUUUGGUGUCAUUAAAAACUUGGCCAACAAAGCGAGAGAAUAUGAAUGCCCUGUAGUUUACCAGAAGGCGACCCUUCGAGCCGAUAUCCUCUCUGCAGCGCUUCGCACGAUGUCAACCACAACCACAGAUACAAUGACUACUCUGUCUCAGGUGCCAGAGUGUCACGUCUACCGAGAUUUUGUGAAGAUGAAGCAAUCUGAGGUGGGAAGCCCUGUAGUCACGGACACUUGGAAAGUCUUUGUACAAAGUGAAUCUGGCGGACCUCUUAGGCCUUGGAAAAAGAGAAUCGUCAAAUGCCAGUGGACCAGGCAAGAUGGGUGGUCCACAAUCCGUGCAGUUUUUUCCGAUCCAACUGCGAUCGGCCUUGCAUGGGAAACUCGAUGGUUUGGAGAAGGCAAGGAACGCCUUGCGAAGGAGCUCCGAGAGGUUGGACCCGAUGAGGUGACAUUUGUUGGCCCACCGAUGGUGCUCAAGGCAUCGAUUACUGUUAGCCGAUUGGAGGACGUCGAUUCGCGAGAGUUUCACAAGCGCUUUUGCAAGUCACAGCUUAAAGCGCAAGAUUUUGCUAGACUUUUCAACGAAAGGGCAGCCUCGCUUCCUGUGACUAUUCCUCGCAUUGAAUUUAUCCCAUGCUGGGUUUACAUGGUUGAGACUGAACCAGGAGAACGCAAGGGGUACCUAGUCGAGCCUGCACUCGAUGUCAGUCAAUAUAGAAAGUUCAAUGACAACGCUGGAAACGUUCAUGCACACCUUGCUUUGAAGCGCGCUUCCAGCAGAAAACUGCAUUUCAACGGUGCCUUUGCCUCACUACAGUUCGGCGCCCCAUUGAACGCGAUUUGCGAGGAGUCCGAAGACGAGGACGAUAGCGACAAUAGUGAAGCUUCAGCUGUCAAAAGAAAUGCACAAGCCCAUACGAGGCGCCUGUUUUGCGAAAAGAAACAAUACGAGGGACUUUCGGAAGGACUGGACGAAGGCGAUGUUUUGCAAGCAUUUUCUUGUUUUACUUACAAAGUGGCUUCACGUCGCAGGUACCUUGUGUGCGACCUGCAGGGUACAUUCGAAGAAGGCGGUAACAGUCCACUCUAUCGUCUCACUGACCCGGCGAUUCAUACCAGUGCGCUAGCCCAAGAGGAAAUUCGACAAAAGUUUCACGCAGACACUGGCUCAGACGCAAACAAUGGGAGCAGGAUUGGAACCACCCUCAGAAGAUUCGGGAGGACUGACAGAGGGCAAGAUGGUAUUGACGAUUUCUUUCGAACGCACCAAUGCUCGAAGCUGUGCAAAAUGUUGGGCAGUCGGAGACUACGUUCAUCAAACGAGGACAUCUAUGCGACCCAGACGAAGAAUGGGCAUCAAACGACAUCAGACUUUCUACGCGACUUAGACCAAGAACGAAGAUUGAAAAUGAGAAAUGAGUCCAGCCAUCAAAAGAGCUUCCGGCCAAUUUGAAUGGCAACCGCGGACAGGUAGUUGAUCAGGACUUGGUAUUGCUGUGGGUGUCUUGCUCAGCAUCGAUGUUCCUGAAUGGAACUCGAGGCAGAUUGGAAGAAGGUCUUUGGAGGAGCUGCACAGUUCGACUAUUUGGAGCAGCAGCAUCGUUCGUGGGCGGAAUUUCAAUGUAUUGAGACCAGGACUCUUUGAUGUGAUGCAGUGUGGGUAGGUAGGUACUAGCCUGGUAGUUAGAGAGGUUACUGGCAUAGGAAAGUAUGUUAUCCUGAUUCGAUCUGUGUUGCAGUGACGAACAUCAGCGCAGAAGAUGAACAGGAUCAGCCCAUGGCAUUGCAAUGCAAAAUUGUAAAAGUACCUAUAAUGCAGUCAAAAAUUGU